CCAAUAAUUUAAGAUGGUAAACCUGUGGUUUCCCUCUGUCACGUCCCAAUCUCUUCAUGUCGUUGAGCCCUCGGUCGAUAUUGAAAAUGAAACACAGCCCUUAUGUUGAAUAUAUUCGCGAAACCUGAAUUUCUGAAAGGAAAGAUUUGAAACGGUGAGCGCAUAUUUAAUUCUGUAGAAAGAGUGGAAUAACAUGCUUUGUCUGUUUGACUGAUGUGGACUGAAAACCAGAGGUGUUAUUGUUGACUUUGGACUAAACUUAGACAUGUAAUACAACACUCUUGCUCGCUUCUUGUAAAUCUCGAUCGGUAGCCAAGUUGAAAUUUCUCAUUUGAAAAGAAUUUUUAGCGGAAAACUACGAAAUCCUUUUAAACUUGGCUCGUUAAGAGAAACGCACAAAUAUAUUCUACAACACGACAUCGCGUGAUGUUUAUCACUGAUUAUGUAUAGCUGUAUGUUUUUUCCUCAUUCUAUCGAUGAUGAUGACACACGUGAGACAGAGAAGAGAAUACGUCUUUGUUCAUAAUGAGCAACAGUUUUCAUAAGUUCAUAAUGUAAUAUGGCGCACUUAAUCAGCGUCGUCCCUGGACUGCCAUGGAGAAAAGUCCCUUCAGUCUCUAAGCUGAUCUGCAAUAAUUCGUUCUAGAAUCAAAGCCGAAUUUCGCCUAACGCAGCAUCAUGAGAUCCGAGUCACUUGAGAUACAGCUGACGAAUCGAUGAAAAAUGGCAUCUGAAGUCUACACCAAAGAACAGCUUAACUACCUCAGAAUUUGUCAUAUCGUCACUAAUAUCCUGCCUCGGGAACUAAGAUCCAUUUGUAAACGAGAAUGGGACAAUCGCUACCAACCUACUUUGGGAGAGUGGAAGGAUACACCGAAAAAUGGACUGGAUUUCUACCACAGCGAGUCCCCACGGAGCCGGUCAAAAAAUGCUCCCGCGCUGGCGAAAGUCAUCACCGGUAAUAGGAAAGAGUGGGAUUGUACAACGCUUUUUUUUGCAAUUCUUUAUUCGGAUUCUAUAGGCCGUGGACUUAGUGCAACAGUUCGCUCUAAUGUAGAUGAUCUCAGAGAGAUUCGUAAUAAAGAAUUUGCUCACAUGCCACAAGGUGAGUUGCCAGAUCUCCAGUUCAGGCUUGCUGUUCGCAGAAUUGAGAUUGCAUUUUUGCAACUUCGUCUACCAACCCUGCAAAUUCAAACCAUUUGUAAACAGAAGACUUUUCGGACGGAUGAGGUGAAAAGUCUCUUGGAAAAAGUUCAGUAUCUCCUACAAGACCUUCAAGAAACCCAAAUCAAACUAGAAACAUCUGAAAAACAACGCCAGGUGGUUGAAAAACAACGUCAGGUUCUUGAAGUUCAAUUGAAAAACGAAGCUUCAUCGUUUUCUAUCCUUCCACCCAAACCAUCACACGAAAUCGCAUCACGCGAUGGUGAGGUCGAUAAAAUAACCAGGCAGUUAGAUAAGCUAAGACAAGCGGACGAAAAUAGUUUAAGCUUCCUGUACAUCACUGGUAAUCCUGGAAGUGGUAAGUCUCAGCUGGCUGGUCUAGUGGCUAAGAAGUUUUACGACAGAGAAAUCUCAAAAGGCAGCGUCAUCACGUUUGUAAUGACUUUGAACGCUGAAAACUCACAAACACUCUUGGAAUCGUACGUUUCACUGGCGCGUCAGGUCAAGUGUCCAGAGUACCACAUUACAGACACUCGUAGUUCCCAAGAUACGAAGAUUGACCUAAAGAUCAAGAAUCUCAGAGAUUUGAUUGCAUCAAAAAUGCACCUUUACGCAUCCUGGCUCAUGGUGGUUGACAAUGUGACAUGUGUUUCUGCCAUACACGACCUUCUACCUCAAUUAGGAAGCGAACAGUGGAAUAAAGGGCAAUUGCUCAUCACAACACAGGAUUCCUCGUCUAUUCCUGCUACUUGUUCAUUCAUUUCGCACGUCUCCAUGAUGAAAGGAAUGGAACCAUUGGAUGCAAGGUGUUUUCUGGCAAAUAUCUCCGGCCUAGAGGACCCAAAAACGGGAGAUCAAGUUGCAAAGGUGUUAGAUUACCAACCCCUUGCUCUUGCCAGCGCAGGCACUUAUGUGAAGAAGAUCCGUGAGAGUGUGGCUUCUGACUUUGGCUGGAAGGAGUAUCUAGACAAGCUAGAAAGAGGAAUGCGAGCCCUCACUGAAAAGGAACUGACAAAGACAAAUCCAAGCUAUAGCAAAUCCAUGACUGCAGCAACAAGGCUGGCCGUCGAAAAAGCGAUAGAAAGUGACGGUAUUGUAAAGAAUGCGUUUACUUUUCUUUCCCUCUGUGCUCACCAAGCGUUCCAUCUCGACAUCCUCAAAAAUUAUGUAUUGAAUAUAGAUAAGCAUGUGGAAAAAGAAGAGGCUGCCAUUCAGAUCCAAGGCUACUCACUGCUGUUGCUCGAAGAAAGACAAAAUGGAGUUUUCAUCGGUGUGCACAAAAUUACUCAUGAGGUCAUUAAAUCUGUAUUUUACGAGAGUCAGGAGCAACAUGAAUACCCCCAAUCUGUUCAUGCUGCCUUUAUAGCAUUUAACCAAUACAUAGAUAUUGAGCUAUCAAACACCUGGAACGAGCUGAACUCUAUUGCAGCGAGCAAACAUCUCAUUCCACACUUAAAAGCUUUGGCCACAAAGGUUAAAGACGUUUUUGACACCCGAGAUGAAUCGCGCGUAUUUGGAGUGAAUGUAUCAAAUGCGGUGUUCCAUUUCCAAAGAUUUGGUCAAAUUUGCGAGAAUCACUGCGAACUGUUCGUUGCUAAGUUGUACUAUGACAUUGCUUUGAAACUAGUUGAACAAAGUAGUAAGAGUGGUACAGGAAAAGCUGUCAUUUUGCUUAAUUUAGGCAAUGUACAAUAUCAGAUGGGUAAACUUCAACAGGCGAAUGAGCUUUAUGAACGUGCUCUAGGAAUUCAGUUGAAGAAGCUUGGACCGACGCAUGUAGAUGUCGCAACAACUCACAAUAACUUGGGGAAUGUACGGCGUGCGUUAGGUGACCUGCAACAGGCAAAGGAGUAUCACGAGCGCGCUCUUGACAUUCAAUUGAAAAAGCUGGGACGCGAGCAUGUUGAUGUUGCAGGUACUUACAAUAACUUGGGUAAUGUACAGCGUACAUUAGGUGACCUGCAACCGGCCAAGAAGAGUUAUGAGCAUGCUCUAAACAUUCAGAUGAAGGAGCUUGGACCCGAGCAUGUCAGUGUUGCACGUACUUACAAUAACUUGGGUAAUGUACAGCGUACAUUAGGUGUCCUGCAACAGGCCAAAGAGAAUUAUGAGCGUGCUCUAAACAUUCAGAUGAAAAAGCUUGGAUCCGAUCAUGUUGCCGUCGCAAAUACUUACAACAACUUGGGUAAUGUACAGCGUAAGUUAGGUUUGCCUACAACAAGCCAAGGAGAAUUAUGAGCGUGCUCUAGACAUUCAGUUGAAAAAGCUUGGACCCGAGCAUGUUGAUGUUGCAGGCACUUACAAUAACUUAGGUAAUGUACAG